AUGGAGUCAAGCAGUUACGUGGAAUUGAAUGAUGCAAUAACCCAGAUAUACCCUAACGUACAGAUACAAGAAAUCACUAAAGAGCUGCACUGCUCACUGUGUCAAGACUGGUUCUGUGAUCCACUGAUGCUAAGCUGUGGCCACAACUUCUGCCAAGCUUGUAUCCAAAACUUUUGGAAGCAUCAAACAAAUGAAACCUUCUGUCCAGAGUGUAAAAUGAUGUGUGAAUAUAGCAACUGUACAUUUAACAUCGUAGUGGAGAAGCUGGUAGAAAAGAUUAAGAAGCUACCCUUAAUCAAAGGCCAUCCACAGUGCCCAGAACAUGGCGAGAACUUGAAACUGUUCAGUAAGGUGGAAGGGAAACUGAUCUGCUUUCAAUGCAAAGAUGCUCGGUUGUCUAUAGGGCAGUCUAAAGAGUUCUUGCAGAUCUCAGAUGCUGUCCAAGUCUUCAAGGAGGAACUUAGCAUUCAUCAGAGUCAACUGGAGGCAAACCUGAAGGAGCUUCAGACUUUGAGGAACAUGCAGAAAGAGACUAUUGCUGCUAACAAGGAAAACAAGCUACAUCUACAGCAACACAUCUCUUUGGAGUUUUUAAAGCUGCAUCAGUUCCUGCACAGCAAAGAAAAAGAAACUUUAAAUCAGCUCCGGGAAGAGGCCACAAUUCUGGAUGAGGAGAUGGAGCUGAAUUUGAACCAACUUCAGGAGCAGUGCCUUCUAGCCAAAGAGAUGCUGGUGAGCAUCCAGGCCCGGAUGGAACAGCAAAAUGCCUUUGACUUUCUCAAAGACAUCUCAAUCCUCUUGGAUAGCUUGGAGCAAGGAAUGAGAGUGCUGGUACCCAGAGAGCUUAUCUCCAGAAAACUGAGCCUUGGCCAGUUCAAAGGUCCUAUCCAGUACAUAGUAUGGAAGCAAAUGCAGUCUGCACUUUCUCCAGGCUUAUCCCCACUAACUCUGGACCCUAAAACAGCUCACCCAAAUUUGGUGCUCUCCAAAAGUCAAACCAGUGUGUGGCAUGGUGACAUUAAGCAAGUGAUGCCUGAUGAUCCAGAGAGGUUUGACUCAAGUGUAGCUGUCCUGGGCUCCAAAGCUUUCACAUCUGGAAAGUGGUACUGGGAGGUAGAAGUAGCAAAGAAGACAAAAUGGACAGUCGGAGUCGUCAGAGAAUCUAUUAUUCGGAAAGGCAGUUGCCCUCUAACUCCUGAGCAAGGAUUCUGGCUUUUAAGAUUAAGAAAUCAAACUGAUUUAAAGGCUCUGGAUUUGCCUUCUUGCAGUCUGAAACUGACUACUGACCUCAACAAAGUGGGCAUAUACUUGGAUUAUGAAGGAGGGCAAGUAUCUUUCUACAAUGCUAAAACUAUGACUCAUAUUUAUACUUUCAGUUGUAUUUUCACUGAGAAAAUUUAUCCCUACUUCUGCCCUUGUCUGAAUGAUGGUGGAGAGAACAAAGAACCACUGCAGAUUUUACACCCAGAGUAG